UUAGAUGAAAUGCCUGUCUUCUACAAUUUGAGUGCAAUAGAAAAGCGUGAAGUAUUGAUAAUUAUUUUGCAAAUAAUACGCAAUUUGGAUGAUGCCUCGCUUGUGAAGGCAUGGCAACAAAGCAUUGCUCGGACUAGAUUAUUUUUCAAACUUUUGGAGGAGGGCCUAGUUCAUUUUGAGCACAGAAGACCUGCUGAUAGCAUGUUAAUCAGCAAUAGUUCUCGCAGUCCCGGACAGGAAAAACCUGCAUCUCCAAAAUAUUCUGAAAGACUUUCACCAGCAAUUAAUCACUAUCUAUCUGAGGCAGCACGACACGAAGUGAGACCUCAGGGAACACCUGAAAAUGGGUACUUGUGGCAAAGAGUCAAUUCCCAGCUUAGUUCACCCAGUCAGCCAUAUUCUUUGCGGGAAGCUCUUGCUCAGGCACAGUCUUCCAGGAUUGGUGCCUCUACUCAAGCGCUGAGGGAAUCUUUGCACCCAAUCCUAAGACAAAAACUGGAACUUUGGGAAGAAAACCUUAGUGCAGCCGUCAGUCUUCAAGUUCUGGAAAUAGCUGAGAAAUUUUCAAGAACUGCUGCAUCCCACAGCAUCGCAACUGAUUAUGCGAAACUUGACUGCCUGACUACUAUAUUUAUGAAUGUCUUCUCACGUAAUCAACCCCUGGAAUUCUGGAAAGCUCUCUUCCCUGUGUUCAACAGUGUCUUUGAACUCCAUGGAGCAACACUAAUGGCAAGGGAAAAUGAUCGAUUCUUGAAGCAAGUUGCUUUUCAUCUUCUUCGUCUUGCAGUUUUUCGGAAUGACAAUAUCAGGAAAAGAGCUGUUAUUGGCCUACAAAUACUUGUCCGGAGCUCUUUCUCCUACUUCACGCAAACAGCUAGGCUAAGGGUCAUGCUAACUAUUACUCUUUCUGAAUUGAUGUCUGAAGUUCAAGUGACUCAGAUGAAAUCUGAUGGAACACUUGAAGAAAGUGGUGAAGCUCGCCGUCUUAGAAUAUCGUUGAGGGAAAUGGCAGAUGAAUCUAAGAGUCCUAACUUGUUAAAUGAUUGUGGUCUUCCAGAUAAUUCACUUGUCUCUGUUCCUCAAAAUUCAUCAGAGAACCAUUGGUCCUGGACUGAGGUCAAAUAUCUUGCUGACAGUCUUCUUUUGGCUCUUGAUGCUAGCUUGGAACAUGCGCUUCUGGCAUCUGUUAUGACUGUGGAUCGAUAUGCAGCAGCAGAGGGCUUUUACAAACUUGCAUUGGCCUUUGCUCCUGUUCCAGAUCUUCAUAUAAUGUGGUUACUGCAUUUGUGUGACGCGCAUCAGGAGAUGCAGUCUUGGGCUGAAGCUGCACAGUGUGCUGUUGCGGUUGCUGGUGUAGUAAUGCAGGCCCUUGUGAGCAGGAACGAUGGUGUCUGGAGCAAUGAACAUGUCAACGCCUUGCGCAAAAUAUGCCCAAUGGUCAGCAGCGAGAUAACUUCUGAGGCCUCAGCAGCAGAGGUAGAAGGCUAUGGUGCCUCGAAACUUACAGUUGACUCCGCGGUAAAAUAUGUACAGCUUGCAAACAAGCUUUUCUCACAAGCUGAGCUCUACCAUUUCUGUGCAAGCAUUUUAGAACUUGUGAUUCCAGUGUACAAAAGUAGAAGGUCAUAUGGACAGCUAGCAAAAUGCCAUACCAUGUUAACCAAUAUCUAUGAAUCCAUCCUUGAGCAAGAAUCUAGUCCUAUACCAUUCACAGAUGCCACAUACUAUAGGGUGGGAUUCUAUGGUGAAAAAUUUGGGAGGCUAGAUAGAAAAGAGUAUGUUUACAGAGAACCCCGUGAUGUCCGGCUGGGUGAUAUAAUGGAGAAACUUAGUCAUAUAUACGAGUCAAGAAUGGGUGGAACCACGUUGCAUGUCAUUCCGGAUUCUCGACAAGUUAAAGCUGAUGAGUUGGAGCCUAGUGUUUGCUACCUUCAGAUUACUGCUGUUGAUCCGGUCAUGGAAGAUGAGGAUCUCGGAAGCAGAAGGGAAAGAAUAUUUUCUCUUUCUACGGGAAGCAUACGUGCCCGUGUCUUUGACCGUUUUUUGUUUGACACUCCUUUUACUAAAAAUGGAAAGACCCAAGGUGGAUUGGAAGAUCAGUGGAAGCGCCGUACUGUUUUGCAGACUGAGGGCUCCUUCCCUGCCUUAGUUAAUAGGCUUGUGGUUACUAAGUCAGAGUCACUGGAGUUUUCCCCAGUUGAGAAUGCAAUAGGAAUGAUUGAAACUCGAACUGCUGCAUUACGUAAUGAACUUGAAGAACCUCGCAGCUCUGAAGGCGAUCAACUUCCAAGGCUUCAGAGUUUACAAAGGAUACUUCAAGGCUCUGUAGCUGUUCAAGUGAACAGCGGAGUUCUGAGUGUAUGUACAGCUUUCCUCUCUGGUGAGCCUGCAACAAGGCUGCGCUCACAGGAAUUACAGCAACUAAUUGCUGCCCUCCUGGAAUUUAUGGCUGUCUGCAAGCGAGCUAUUCGGGUGCAUUUUAGAUUGAUUGGAGAGGAAGACCAGGACUUCCACACGCAGCUUGUCAAUGGGUUUCAGUCACUUACUGCAGAAUUGUCUCACUAUAUCCCUGCAAUUCUUUCGGAACUCUGAUGUACACUUCGAAUUCUUGUUUCUUCCGUUCAAAAGUGUGCAUCGUUGUAUAUCAAUUGUAAUUGUUUAGUUAUGUGCUCCCUUAGUUCACACAUUAGUCUUUUCUUUUCGCCUAUUCUUGCAUUAUGUUUUGAUUUAGAUGAUAGUUUUGCGUUGUUUCCCUUGGUAGAUAGUUAUUUGCUAUGGGGUUGAAGGGGCUUGUCUGUAAUGUAGCAUAAUGCACAAGGAAUAUAGAUCAGUAGUUUCAUGUUUUGUGCAAGGUGCAAAUGGUC